AAAUGUAGCUUGAGAUCCCUGCUAUCACUGUCUCCAGCUGUCUUAGCAUUUGCCAUUGGUUAUCUUUGUAAAUUACUUAAUUACCCCAUUGACUCUGUAGCAUUUUAGUUCGGUAAUUGCAAUGAUGCUUUGGUCGGAGAUAUUCUGUUUUUGUGGCGGUUUGUUUGUUUGGUGGGUCACUGAAAUCUUCUGUAGACACAUGAUAUGAUUAACGGCUACUGUUUGUUUAUCAGGCAUGGCCCACCGGGUCGUAAUCAUUGCUCUGUACCCGUUGAUUUUGUCUUCUGAGCAUGGAUGAGCUGUCUCUGUCGUUGUUUAAGUAGUAGCAUUUAAGCCAUGGCUGUGAUUCGGUAUUCAACGGCCCACUCGCUCGGAACGGCAAUGGGACCACUCAUCGUGCGGCUGUGAUGAAUUAUGAGAAACCCAAUUGGCAGUUUUCGUUCUAACGAUGAAUUAAUCUAGUUACUUGCUGUUUUUAUCCAAUUGGGCAUCGCUGUGGAUGUUUUUGUUUCGUUGUGGUCAAAUUUGAAUUAAUGAUGUAUUUGCAUAGUGUGGUCCUGAUGGAAAAGUUAGGACAACCCAAAUUGAUGGUCUUUGUUCUUAUGAUGAAUUUAUCUAGUGCUUGUGCUAGUAUGAUUGAGUCGGGUACCGCUGUCGUUGUUUUUUUUUUUUUUUCGUUGUGGCUGUUGUUUUUGUGAUGAAUGACUUCACGAGCUGAACAAGUGGCUGUAGCAUCAUUUAGUUGAAGUUUUUUUGUACAAUGAAAGAGACAUCUUGGUUUUUAAAUUCUGGUCUGUUUGUCUUGGAUUUCCAAUUAUCAUACAAAGAUUUUAUUUAUAUAUUUAUUUAUAACUACAACUGACGUCGAGAGGACCAUUGAGUAGUAUGCAGCUGGAAGUUAUUGAUAUGUGAUUAGCUUGACUGCAAUCUCUUUCUGUCCUUUGCUUUUGGUCUCACAACGGAUUUCACUGUCUUGGGCACACUUGUACCUUCCUUUUGCUUUCAGGGACGCCUACCGUCGACUGUUCGUGUUUUUUUUUUUUAUUAUAAUGGUCUGAAAGUCUUAUUUAACAAUACUGUGGCCGUCCAAUUUGAGUACAAGAUCACUGGUUAUUAGCUUUCUGCGCCUGGUCUCGUAAUUAGGAGCAGCUAUCUCUAUACCUGUUGUUUGGGCUUCUGAAUUUUGAUAUCAGUUUCUUGAUUUUGAUCGAACGGCCAUGAGAGCGAGGAAAGGAAAGCGUUCCGAGACCUUUUGGCCAUCCAUUGUUAUGAAGAAGUGGCUAAACAUUAAGCCUAAGGUACAUGAAUUCAGCGAAGAUGAGCCAGACACGGAAACUGAGAGCGAGGAUGACGUUGAAGAUGUGAAAAGAACAGACACGAUGCAUGUCCGCAGAAUGCAGGGGAGCCAAUCUGUAUGCUCAGAUCAAGCUUCUAGUAAUGGAAUGAUGUCAAAGGAUUAUCUGCCAUCAAAAGGCUACCCGUCGAGGCAUAGGAGGGGAAAAUCAGAAACUCUACGCGUUCAGUACAUAAACACAAAGGAUGUGAGGGUCACAAUUGGCACAUGGAAUGUUGCUGGAAGAAUUCCACAUAAUGAUGUUGAUAUUGAUGAGUGGCUGUGUACAAAAGAACCUGUAGACAUGUACAUUCUUGGCUUCCAAGAAGUGGUCCCUUUAAAUGCUGGAAACGUUUUGGGAGCAGAGGAUAACAGACCAAUCCCGAAAUGGGAGGCAAUAAUUCGUAGAACGCUUAACAAAUCAUUGCAGCCGAAAACAAAAUUCAAAUGCUACAGUGCCCCUCCCUCUCCUGUAAUGCGGACAUCUUCAGCUGCUGAUGCUCUUGCUGAUGAGAUAGCUGCUCCUGAAGGGAACUGUAAGCCUAGUGGGCUUGCUAAUGGCAUUUCUUUCGAAAGCAAACACUUGGGUGAAAUAAACAACUUGGGAAAGAAGCUCCAGCUAAAGAGAAUCUAUGGCAUUGACAGUGAUAGUAGACUAGACUGGCCUGAAUGUUCAUUAGACACACCGCCACACGUUUUGUCAUCUAACUCAAGGUUGAGGAGAGUCUGGAGCAGUUCUGCGAGGAUGGGAUUUGAUUGGAUGGAGAAGCCUCUAAAUCCCACUUCUCAAGAUUUAGCAUUAGAAGGUGGAUUGAGACGGGUGUACCGCAGCUCAGGGAACCUCCAAUCUAUCUGGUCACAGCAGCAAGAGGAGUCGGAAGUAAUUGAUUCGUUAUCUGAUGUUUCUGACAACUUAUCCGACGAGGAAGCUGAUUUGUAUUCUGAAAAUGUUGUGGGUAAAUGUGAGGAUGGAGCUGAUGGAGAAUGUGAGAAGCUCCAAGAUAGAUAUGUUCGCAUUGUCAGCAAGCAAAUGGUCGGGAUCUAUGUAUCGCUUUGGGUUCGUAAAAGGUUGAGGAGGCAUAUAAACAACUUGAAGGUUUCUCCAGUUGGAGUUGGACUCAUGGGCUACAUGGGAAACAAGGGAUCCGUUUCUGUCAGCAUGUCUUUGUUCCAAACACGGUUAUGCUUUGUUUGCUCUCAUCUCACAUCUGGUCACAAGUAUGGGGAUGAACAGAAGCGUAACUCUGAUGUGUUCGAAAUCAUACGCCGUACCCGAUUUCCUUCUCUAUAUGAUGCUGAUCAACCACAGACUAUUUCAUCACAUGACCAGAUAUUCUGGUUUGGGGAUCUGAAUUACCGUCUGAAUAUGAUGGACGCUGAUGUAAGGAAGCUUGUCGCUGGGAGACAAUGGGAUGAACUUAUCAACAGUGAUCAGUUAUCCAAAGAGCUGCGAAGUGGGCGCGUAUUUGAUGGUUGGAAGGAAGGUGUGAUUGAAUUCCCGCCGACUUAUAAGUAUGAAUUCAACUCUGAUCGGUAUGUUGGAGAAAACCCAAAAGAGGGCGAAAAGAAGAGAUCUCCAGCAUGGUGUGAUCGAAUACUCUGGUUAGGAAAGGGCAUCAAACAACUUUCUUACAGGCAGGCUGAACUGAGCCUUUCAGAUCAUCGCCCCAUCAGCUCUAUUUUCCUGGUUGAAGUCGAAGUCUUCGACCAUCGGAAGCUCCGGAGGGCUCUGCAUUUUACAGAUGCUAGAGUUCACCCUGAAGAUUUCCUUGUCGAAGAGGACGACAGUGACAUCCAAAUUGAAAGCUUCACACACAUCAGGGGAAACAACAUGUUGUAGAAUGUCACUUGGACAUUGCUUCAACUCACUGUGAGUCUCUGAGCGGCUUUAGCUAGACUUCACAACACGGGUGUGGAACUUCAGCCAUUGAAGAUAUUACUAGUAAAAACACAUGUGAGUGAUCGUCGGGCAUGGACUGCAUUCAAGCAACGUAAGAGCCCGAUUUCUGUCCAAAUCUGGUUACUGAGUUACAAAUGAGGGUGAAAAUAUAUGAAAAAACCUUCUUUUUUUUUCGUCUUCUUUUUUCUUGUGGGGAUUAUAGGGUUGUUUGUGUAAAAAGUUAUUUUAGUAUGAAAAUCAGUGUAGAAAAAUUAACAAGAUUGAAGAAAAUGUGUAGACUGUUUUUUUUU